CUGCCGUGAGAUGACAAAGUGACGUAAAGGCCAUUUUUUCGAAUAUGGGUUUUUCAUGCCAAUUUGUUCAUUAUUCGAAGACCUAUCCUUUGGUAUCUUCCGUUUCGUUGUUACUUAUUCGUACGUUGUAUAGGUUAAAAAAAAAAACAAAGUGACGUAGACACCCAUUUCAAUACAAAAGUGGCGAGAAAUUCAUGCGUUUUUGGGCCGUACUGAAAAACUGAUCACUUGGAUCUACGUCACAAUGUCAUAUCACGGCAGUUUAGGACCCAAUUAAAACCAUCGAAGCAGCGCCAACUACAGAUGGUGUUAUGAACAGAUACGCAAAGAGUGAGGUCGAAAACUCCAAGUGAACCGUCAAAUCGAGGCUCCAAGUGUGCAAAGUAAACAAACUCAGGAGUGUUACUUUUCGUACAGAAUGUGUAUUGUAAUCAGUAUAAUUGUUGUGAACCACGUGCAAUUAUGGUUUGAACGGAAAAUGUGUUCGUUAUGCUCGUAUUAUGAGUGAUGCAUUGAAAAUUAUAAAAGUGUAUAAAAGCUUUGAAACUCAGUUAUACAUCCUUACAAAGCUUCGGAAUUUCAUUACACUUUCUAGUGCGUAUGAAAAGUCAUGCGAAAUUAAAUGUGGUUGCCAGAACUGUUUGGAAUAGAAUAUUAGCAAAGGGUUGCCAUAUUUACCGCUUUUCUCUUUGCGUAUCUCUUUAAUACAGUCUCUAGCGCCAACUACAUGUCGAGUAACGCUUGUAUUACUCUACUUAACGAAUCCUUUCGUUAAUCAACAAAAUUUAAUGUGUUUACCUGUGUUUUCUCACCUUACUCACCACAACCGUGUUACCCAGUUUCAUAAAUUUUGUUUUGAAAUUUAGCGCGAGGUGCGAGCUAAUGAAAUUAGAUCAAGUACCCAUUAUAUUAUAUUAAAUAGAGUCCUACAACAAUGAACGAUUUCACACUGAAAACAAUCGCCUCAGACUUAGUUCCAACCAACUAUCUUUCAGUGGCAAAUAACGCCCGUACUAACCGCGAUAAACGAAUCAAAGUUUUACUGGAAAAGAAAAAACUUCCAGAGAAUGGAUGGGAUAAUGCCACUAUAGAAUAUUUCAUCGGGGAGCUAGCCCUAAUGGAUAGCAACAACUUCAUCAAUCCUUGCGGAAUGGGAGAACGUGAAGGAAGAGUUAUCUGCGAACUGGUCCGCAGCCGGCACUUCAACUUUGCCCACGGCGUUGGGCGAUCGGGUAAUCUAACUGAGCCGCAACCCAAAGCAACUGGUUCGACAAUCAUGAGCAAUCUUACCAACAGUUUAUUGCUCGAUUUGAUACGAGAAGUUGGUGUUAGAAGUUGUAAAAAAGCUAUUCUUAUGCCGCUGGCAACUGGUAUGACGGUAAUGUUAACUCUGUUGUCGUUGAAAGCAAAUCGACCUGAAUCUAAGUACGUGCUAUGGUCUCGAAUCGAUCAAAAAUCAUGUUAUAAAAGCAUAAACACCGCGGGUCUAAUACCGAUUGUUAUUGAUACUAUAACUCGGAACGAGAAUGGUCAUGACAUGCUUGGAACGAACGUUGAUGCUUUUAAGUCUAAAAUAGAAGAGCUAGGAAGCCAUAACAUCUGUUGUGUCCUAUCAACGACAAGUUGUUUCGCACCAAGAACUUGUGAUAGUAUUACAGAACUAGCGGAACUUUGCGAACGAAAUGACAUUCCACACAUAGUUAACAAUGCCUAUGGCUUACAGAGUACAUAUCUUACUCAUCAGAUAGAGCAAGCCGGACGCCAUGGGCGUAUAGACGCUUUUAUCCAAAGUACUGAUAAGAAUUUGCUGGUACCAGUCGGUGGAGCAAUUAUAGCAAGCUUUGAAAAGUCGUUUCUGAAUCAAAUUUCAGCAUCAUACCCUGGAAGAGCAUCUGGUUCCCAAACUUUAGAUGUGCUAAUAACUUUACUAUCCUUAGGGAAAAAUGGUUAUUUGAAAUUGGUUUUAGAACGUAAAGAACUUCAUCGAUAUCUCCUGGAACAAAUGAAGGAGAUUGCUGCAACAUAUGGGGCAGCGUUGCUAUCUGGCAAGAAUCCUAUUUCGAUGGCACUGACAUUGAAUCAUUUCGACUCCAACGCAGACAUGCUCGGUUCCAUGUUACACCUUAGAGGAAUCACUGGCUGCCGGGUGGUCAAUUCCAAGGAUUGUAAAACUAUAGCCGGUCAUAGUUUCCAAGCGUGGGGUGCUCACUGCGACUUUGCAUCUGUUCCGUAUCUGACCGCAAGUGCUGCUAUCGGUGUUAGUCGUGACGAAAUUGAUACCUUUCUCGAGAAACUAAGACGUGUUUUCCAAGACUGGAAAGCUGAACAUACUAGCGUUGCAAGUGAUAAAACGGAUCAAGCAAUUUAAGGUUAAUUAUGUACUUAUAAAACUAUAUUAUAAAUUGUUUUGUUAUUUACACUUCAAAUCACUAUGUUCAUUUUCACUAAUAGUUUCUGAAUCGCCACCGUAUUCACGAUCAAGAUAGUUCAGAUUGGAGCUUGACUGUUUCAGAAUUUCUGGAUGCUGUCUAAUCAGCUGAUUAGUGUACGCCAUGCUGGACAAAAUAGAUUGCAAAUUCCAAUCGUUUCUAAGGAGCGAAUAUUCCAACUCGAAAUGUCCAUGACGAAUGCAGCGUAUGCUUACACAAUAAGCGACCGAUUUAAGACUCAAUCCAAUCUCGUGAAUCAGAGUACCCAUAUAAGCUUCGGUUUCAUCGAUGGCAUGGAUUUCUACAAAUACGAGCGAAAUACUUAUUGAGAGUGAAUGUACAGGUGAAUGUAGCUUACCAAUUGUGAAAAACGGUCUACGGAAUUCGACCAACUUGAUACCAUAAAUCAUAGGCUGUGAGUUGUCCGCCGGACGAAUAGUUCCUUUAACUGCCAUAUCGUAUGCCGCCUGCGACUGAAUGUCGAUACCGCAAAGUUCGAACAUUUUUUUCUGAUGUGAGGCCUGCAUUGACGCCAACAGCCGUCCAAUUUUGUCCGACCCAAUGUGAUUUACGGUGGCUUUGGCUGUUACCCUUGAGCCUUCGAAGUGACUUUCAGUUGCUUUACCAAGAAAUCCUGUUAUCCUGUAUACUCGCAGGGGACGAUUCUGUUGAAUUUGAUAAGCCAUACUAAUGCCCUUAUUGAUGCCUAAAACUUAAUUUUCAAGAACAUAAUUUUCAUCGGCUGGUAUGACGAUUUAUUUUUAUUUCAUACCUAGUACACCACUAGUUAAGCGACCAUGGUUAGCACUCAUGCGGACCUUAACAUCUUCGGUUUGAUAACGCGGACCAGCAACUAGCACAUUGUCGGAUAAAUCUUCCGUUCGCCGUACAAGGUACUUCGAGUUCGUCCCCGAUUCAAUUGCAAUACGCUGCAGGGGUGGUCUUACCUUCAUUUGGUUUAGAUCUUAAAUACAAAGCUGUUAAAAUUUGUGAGGGUUUAAUAUUUUCAUCAAUAUCAUUUACCCCUGCAAAGAUUUCCGAUAAUUGUGUGUCGAACCUGCUGUACUGUGAGUCUGGCUGGUUUAUAAACAUUGAUAACUCCAUUCAAAUAUCUCCAAGCUACAGGAGCAUAUACAACUUUCGCAAGAGCCAUUUCAAAAGUUUGUUUACUAUUGCUGCUUCUUUGAACUGAUCUCUUUGAAAAGGGGUUUUUUAUUUAACUGUACAUUACUAAAUCUUGCUUGAAUAAUGUUGCACUUUGCACUAGAAACAGUGACCAUAGUCGUUGUUUACAUUUUC